UCCCUGGCCGACUUCCAGCUCAGCAAGCAGCUGUACAAGGGCAAGGCGUCCACGCUGUACCAGGCCACCGACAGGGUGUCUGGGGAGGUGGUGGCGCUGAAGACGUACAGCAAGCGGCGCCUCAGCGACCUCAACUGGUACCAGGUGGAGCGCGAGAUCCGCCUGCACGGCCAGCUGCGCCACCCCAACAUCAUCCAGCUGCACGCCGCCUUUGAGGACGACACGCACGUCUUCAUGGUGUGCGAGUACGCGGCAGGUGGCGACCUGUAUGAGGACCUGAAGCGCGCGGGUGGGCGGCUGAAGGAGCGUGUGGUGGCGGGGGAGGUGCUGCCCCCCUUCAUGGAUGCCCUGGCCCACAUGCACGCCCGCUCCAUCGUGCACCGCGACAUCAAGCCCGAGAACAUCCUGCUGGGCGGGGGCCGGGCGGUCAAGGUGGCCGACUUUGGGCUGAGCAUCAACUGGGGGGAGGAGCGGCCGGUGACGCGGGCGGGCACGCUGGAUUACAUGAGCCCAGAGGAGCGGCUUGAGCUGGGGUACAGCGACGCGGUGGAUGUGUGGGCUGUGGGCAUCCUGGCCUACGAGCUGCUGGUGGGGCGGCCGCCGUUUGAGCGGGAGAGCCGGGAGGAGACGCAGCAGUACAUCCAGAGGAGGGAGCCGGCGCUGCCAGAGGGGGUGUCGGAGGCGGCGCGCGGCUUCAUCUUGGCGGCGCUGGCAAAGAACCCCCGCAAGCGGCCCGCCAUGGAGGACCUGCUGCGCCACCCGUGGAUCCAGCAGCACGCUCGCCGUCCCUCCACCACGACCCCCACCCGCACCUCC